CGAGAACACCACAGAAGGCUGGUCAUCUCUGCAAUAUCCCUUGAUUGGCCGUUACACCAGGAGGAUCUAGCUUACCUGUCUUGAGGCUAUUGGUGCUGUCGAAAUCGGAAACACCUACAGCCAUCGCUUGGGCUCCGACACUUCAUCCAAUUUGAGCUUUACCUGCCACUCCCCAAGUUCACUAAUAAUGCCGACGGAGCCUUGCUUGGAAAAUGUCUGGCUCUCGCAUCUCAACUCGCAGUCCUGUUGCGCAUUCGCUCUUGGGCAGCAUCGUCAACGAGACCUUCGCUGUUCACAAUGGACCCAAAGAUUCCUGCGACAAUAGAUGAGAAAGGAGAGCCUAGCCAAGUACCGUCACCAACUGCGCCUCGCCCACCUCCUGCUGGGGAUCACACUGUAACGAUACCACCGCCCAGUAAUCAGCUUCCUCAGCACCCAAUCGUGCCUACGUUCUUUGGAGAGCUCGCCGGCACAGAUGGCCAAGCAUAUACGUCCUUGCGAAAACGCGUGACAGACGCGUACCGCUGGCAUACCUACCAAUACUGGUUUGUUGCCGUGACGUCGAACUCGCUCCUUUUCUUCCAGAUCCUCAUUGCGGCUUCCCUUACCGUGCUGGGCGCCUUCAACGACAGGAGGGCUCGGACCGCCACCAUCUUCCUCGGCGCCACCAACACCGUGAUCGCAGGUCUGAUGACCUAUUUCAAGAGUCGCAACCAGCCGAAUCGUGCCCGACAAUUCCGCAACGAUCUCGCAAAGAUCGUAGAUCAACUCGACGACGCUGAAGCGAACUUCCGGAACCCAAAUCGCCAUGAUGACGUUUAUACAGUCAUGGAACAGAUCAGGGUGGCUUAUAACCAAGCACGAACUGAUGCCGAAAUCAAUUAUCCUGACCUGUGGGUCAGGGGUUCAACCCCUUCCAAUCCGAACACUACGCCGCGAACAUCAACGAGCCCGCCAACAACAGUCCCACCGCCUCCAGCGGCACAGUCACCGGCGCUAGGUGCGACGAGCCGUCCCACAUCGGAUUUUGCCCCCGGGGGACCAAUAUCAGAGUCCACAGUGAGAGCAAUCUGAACUAUGUGCUCGGUACUCUUGAGAUCCAUUGUUCAUCUGCUGUUCUAAAGCCAGUGGAUUAAGAGCCUGAGAAUCCACGAGCCAAGCGUAAAUCAUGGCCUUCUCUCCCGUAUCGUUCAGGAAGUUCUAUUGAUCCCCCUGACUGAUCCAAUCCGCAACCCUCUCAGCCGUCACAUAAACCACAGACUGAGGAUGACACGCCAUGGGGAUCGGAAAAACACUGGCAUCGACAACCCUCAAGGAUUUGACGCCCAUCACACGACAAUGGCUGUCUACAGCUUUCCCCAUCGCACAGCUACCCAUCGGGUGAUCGAAACUAUAUCCAAAGUCGGCAAUGCGCUUGUCUAUUUCCUCGUCCAUCGUAUCUUUGGUGAUACAUGCAUACCCUUCUGGGGUAACUUCAUGGGACACGAAGGAUUUCCCAGCCUCGGUGUCAAGGUGGACUGAUGCCGCUUUCCGGAGCGCCUCUCGGAGACCAACCUUAUCCGCAUCCGUAUCGAAGAAAUUCAUGUCGAUCGCCGGAGCAUCCUCGAUGCUCGCUGACCUCAGGGUGACGGAACCUCUAGAUGUGGGCGUCAGAUAGCCAGCGAUGGUGCUAAUAUAGUUCCCGUCAAGUGGCGCGUCAAUACCCGUGAGUCUCUUCCCCAGGGCCACGUAGAGUGUGACAAUUUCCAUAUGCGAUGCAUCUGGUCUGAGAACCAAAGCUCUCUCUUCUGGAGUGUUGAUCCAAGGUUCCAGUUUUGCCGGUUCGUCUAAUGGUCCGAACUCGAUGAAAUCCAUUGGCCAGCCGGAGAAAUAUGACGGGUCGAUGAACAGAGGCGAUCCGAUGGACAAACCCUUUUCAGGAUGUUUUAGUUUCCAGGUGAUCCCCACGGCCAAGUGAUCUGUAAGGUUUCUGCCAACCUCGAGAUUCGAGGUUAUGGUCUCUAUGCCGUGCUUUGCCAACUCAGCAGGGUCACCUAUCCCGGAGAGCAUGAGGACUUGGGGUGUAUGGUAUGCCCCGGCGCAGACAAUGACCUCCUUAUUCGCGACGAAAUGCUGCCCGCCCACCAGAUCAACGCCAUUAGCAACGGGUUGGUCUUGUCCUUCGAUUGUGCCAAAAGUGACUCGCUGCACCGUACUCAUGGUCCGAACAUCCACCUUUGUCAAAUCGAAUAUCUUGCUCGGCAGCUGUCUAGCGCUGUUGACCCAGACCUCGACAAAUUCAACCAGUCCAUUCUGGUGACCCGAAUUGCCAUCAGGGAUGUACUUGACCCCGGCUUCCUCCCACAUCUUCUGGACAGACUCCCUGAGUGGAUACUUCCUUGCUGGCCACAGUGAUCGUAUCGGGGUGAGCUUCAAGGGCCCAUCGUAUCCAUGCUGGAUUUCAUCCUUCUCAAUAUUCUCUGGCAGAACCAUACUCUCGACCCUCCUCAUGUAGGGCAAUAGCGCAUCAUACCCCCAGCUGCCGUCGCCCACCAUCUUAGCCCAAAGGUCAUAGUCGCUCUUGGGUCCCCUUGUCCAUGCACCUCCGUUGAUCGCAGCACUUCCGCCUAGCGCUUUGCCGACCGGCACAGUUGCGCCACGUCCAUUGAGGUGCCGAUUGGGCGAGAUGGAGAGUUGAUACGAAUGAACAGACUCGCGAGCGAGAUGCGCGGCUUGGCUUGUGAGGAUGGAAUCGGUGGCCGAAGGAUCGGUACCUGCUUCGAGGACGAGUAUCUGCUUCAUGUCGGAUGGCGGUAGGAGUUUCGAGAGUCGAGACGCCAGGACAAGGCCGGCGACCCCGCCUCCGACGAUGAUAUAGUCGUAUGAAGACGAAGCCAUAUUGUUGUCGCGUUCUCCUCAGAAUUCCAUCGACGAUGACGGUACGAGAUACAGGUGAUAAUAGUGUUGGUCGAGGGAGAAGUAUGUUUAUCAACAACCUAGCGAUGAAGAAGUUGGCGUCAGGUUGACAUUGAUCUUUAUAAGCCAAUGAAUUCGUCCAAUGGACAGAUUACAGCCCAACGUCCAAAUGUGACUGUCCGACUUGUCCUCUUGGAACCCUUCGCUCCCGGUGUGAGGGGAAUUCCGACACGAUGUAUCGAGCAAAGGAACUAGUCUCAGCUUACAUACAUACUUAUUCGUC